UGGGAAGAGUGCGCUCCCACGUGUGGUAGGGAAGGGCCCAGAUGCACCUGUCUGCACGGCCAGGGCCCUUUAGGACACAGAGUCCGGGACCCAUGUCACUGCCGAAUCCUUGGCCAGUCGCCCCAAGCCCCCACGUCAGUGCCCAUGGAGUGUUCUUGCCCUCCGCGGGAGAGAGGCAGAGAGGGAGAGAGAGAGUACAAGUUCGUUGCAGGGUAUUUCAGGGUGGCUGGCCUGCCUUGAGGAGGAGGUGGGGAAGGGGCACUGCUGAUUGGCUGGUGCGGCAGGGGGCAGCUCGGGGCUCUGCUCUGUGUUGCAGCCUCACCAUGGAGCAGUUGAGCGCGGCAAACACCCGCUUCGCCUUGGACCUGUUCCGCACCCUGAAUGAGAGCGAUCCUGCCGGCAACAUCUUCAUCUCCCCCUUCAGCAUUUCAUCGGCGCUGGCCAUGGUCUUUCUGGGGGCCAGAGGCAAUACCGCAGCGCAGAUGUCCAAGGCUCUCUAUUUCAAAGGGCUUGAGGAGAUUCAUUCAACGUUUCAGAGUUUGAAUGCUGACAUCAACAAACAUGGAGCCCCCUAUACUCUGAAAGUGGCUAAUAGGUUAUUUGGAGAGAAAAGCUAUGAUUUCCUCCCUGAGUUCUUAGCUUCAACUCAGAAAAUGUACGGUGCUGAACUGGCCAGUGUGGAUUUUCUGCAGGCCACCGAAGACGCAAGGAAGGCCAUAAACGAGUGGGUCAAAGGGCAGACGGAAGGUGAGCGAGGGCAGCCCUGGUCAUACAUGCUGAUGCUUCCUUUCCUCCUCCCGCCUCCCCCUUGCAGGGGACCCCCUCUCCCCUUCCCUAGCCCCUCAGGAAGGGCCCAGAUGCACCUGUCUGCACGGCCAGGGCCCUUUAGGACACAGAGUCCGGGACCCAUGUCACUGCCGAAUCCUUGGCCAGUCGCCCCAAGCCCCCACGUCAGUGCCCAUGGAGUGUUCUUGCCCUCCGCGGGAGAGAGGCAGAGAGGGAGAGAGAGAGUACAAGUUCGUUGCAGGGUAUUUCAGGGUGGCUGGCCUGCCUUGAGGAGGAGGUGGGGAAGGGGCACUGCUGAUUGGCUGGUGCGGCAGGGGGCAGCUCGGGGCUCUGCUCUGUGUUGCAGCCUCACCAUGGAGCAGUUGAGCGCGGCAAACACCCGCUUCGCCUUGGACCUGUUCCGCACCCUGAAUGAGAGCGAUCCUGCCGGCAACAUCUUCAUCUCCCCCUUCAGCAUUUCAUCGGCGCUGGCCAUGGUCUUUCUGGGGGCCAGAGGCAAUACCGCAGCGCAGAUGUCCAAGGCUCUCUAUUUCAAAGGGCUUGAGGAGAUUCAUUCAACGUUUCAGAGUUUGAAUGCUGACAUCAACAAACAUGGAGCCCCCUAUACUCUGAAAGUGGCUAAUAGGUUAUUUGGAGAGAAAAGCUAUGAUUUCCUCCCUGAGUUCUUAGCUUCAACUCAGAAAAUGUACGGUGCUGAACUGGCCAGUGUGGAUUUUCUGCAGGCCACCGAAGACGCAAGGAAGGCCAUAAACGAGUGGGUCAAAGGGCAGACGGAAGGUGAGCGAGGGCAGCCCUGGUCAUACAUGCUGAUGCUUCCUUUCCUCCUCCCGCCUCCCCCUUGCAGGGGACCCCCUCUCCCCUUCCCUAGCCCCUCAAUUGAGCAACAGCUGACUUUGGAAAAGCUGCGUGAGUGGACCAGACCCGAGAAUCUGGAUCUCCUUGAGGUCAGGGUCCAGUUGCCCAGGUUUAGGCUGGAGGAGAGCUACAAGCUCGGAGCUCCGCUGGCCCGCCUGGGUAUGGAGGAGCUCUUCAGUAGCAAGGCUGACCUGUCCGGCAUGUCGGGAGCCAGAGACCUCUUCAUAUCGAAGGUGGUCCACAAGUCCUUCGUGGAAGUGAACGAGGAGGGCACAGAGGCGGCGGCUGCCACCGCGGGCAUGGCCGUCUUCGCCAUGCUGAUGCCAGAGGAGGAUUUCACCGCCGACCAUCCGUUCAUUUUCUUCAUUCGGCACAAUCCCUCCACUAACGUCCUGUUCCUCGGCCGACUUUCUUCCCCAUAGAGACCAGAAAUACAAGGUCAAGCUUGGAGCGUCUUCCUGCCCUUUCAAUGGUGACCAUUUUCAUAGACCUUUACCAGUAAAACUACUAUCCAAAAAUGAAACUUUAAUCUCCUUUGUAAGCUCAGUUCUGUUGGCUGGUUACACCCAUUAACUUGCCAUGGCUAUCUGUUCUUCUUUUUUUAUGCUAAAAAAAUCCAGUGAUUUCUUUUGAAUGCAUCAAAUUAAAAAAAGAAAGAAAAAAUCAGAUGUGUAGAUUCUUGACAACGUAGACAUCUAUGAAGUUGCUAUACUUUCCUGAGAGCCGGGGGGAACACGGUCACUCUGUCGUCUGUUUUACAGAUAGACUUUUGGAAGCCGUAAUAUAGGGACACCCUGAUUGUUGAAGGGAGGCUUAAAAACAGAUAUUCAAUUGAAAUACCGCAGAGCGCCCCAAUUACGGGUCUGCGUUAUGAAGACAGACUUGCCUUGGCAAUGUCUCUGACCCUGUGUUCUGCAGGAUUUGUAUCCCAUUACAGCCCUCCAGGUUUCAAACUAUCAAAGAGCCACCUGGUGAUAACCUAACCCGUCCCUGUUUUGUGCUCCCUUCUCCCUCCUGAUAUGAGUUGGUGUGGGGUCACAAGGAAUCGAGCAGUAGGUGUCUUACCCUGAAAGAUGCCAAGAAACGACAAAAAGAAAAAUGGCGUAGGAGAUACUAUUAAGCACAGAGGUGGCGCAGAGAUCUCACUGUUAACCGGCUUCUGCCGUGUUUUCUGAUAAAGGCUCCUGACGUCCAUACUAUGGUACAGGUUUUUAUGGUAAUGGGACGGCCUAAUGCAACGCUGUGCUGGGAGAUGGGGUGAGAUGCGCUCUGAUUAAUAGAACCCUCUGUCAAUGCGCUCCUUGGAAGGGGCGAGAACUGCUGCAGCUUUGUGCUCCCCUAAAGCUGGUGGGCUGGUUAAUAAAGUUCCCUAAGAUUCUGCAAACCAGACUG